GCUGACGGGCGCCUCGUCGGUUUGCAUGGAAUGUGCAGCUGCUGUAUCCAGUGACAUCAUACCGUGUGAUGAGUUCGACGAUAUAGCAUAGGGCGUUGGGAAUUCCAGCCAGAAUGAUCAUUACUGUAUCCGAAACGCGUUGGCGAGUGAUGAUUCAUUGCCCGAGCAAGCGAUUUGUGGACCUUUUUGAUCAACCAGUUCAGAGCGAACGGCGUUAAGAACAACCUGCUCAUCGGUUUCUUAGGUACGAUCGUUCUCAUCAUAGCAUAGGACUGAGGAACAGUUGGAAGCUGUGUUGUGUUAGUAGUGUACGGGCGGAACAGCUGAGCGGCAAACGAUCGAAGCGUUUGUGGUGUAUUUUGACGUGGCGUAUCGCGUUCUGACGUUCGCAUGGUGCACAAUAAAUGUCCAUACAGAGUUCGGCCUUUGCUCCGCAGAAAUGAUGCACCUCUGAAUUGACAUGUUUUAAUAGCUCAUCAAACCACGUUUUAAUUAAUGUAUUAGAUGCUCAAAAAAGAUAGAUUGUAUUGUAUGUUUAAAUACAUUUAGAAAUAAGAGUAGCAGUUAAUAUUGAAUUAAAGUCUAACGCAAGUAGCGUUUAUUUCGAACAAAAUGACAUAACCUUCUGGUUAAGGCGAUAAGCAAGCAACUGUUACUCUGUUCCGCUAGUUGUAUGGAAAUUCCGAAGGAGAUAGGGAGAGACUAACCAAUACCUCGACAAUUUGUCGGGCAAACCUUGCUGAUGUUAGGAAAUCCCUAACCUAAACAUGAAUGAAACAAAUAACAAAUUCUGUUGUUAUCAUGACGCAUCAUCUUACAUUCUAUUGACGCAUCAUCUUACCUACGACGUACACCUGGAGUUCGGGGAAUUCCUAGUAUGCAUCGGACCGUUAGUACACAUCACACUCACAUCAUAAGGCGUAAAAUUGACUCUUGAGCUCCAUUGGGAACCAACCCAAUCUGUGUGUGUGUGAGUGUGUAUCGUAGCCAACUCUGCAGUCUCCUUAUAAAUGGAGCGGCAGAUCAUACCGCUCUUAGUUCUAAGCCUCCGUUCUGUGCCUUAGUAAGUCCUCCGAUCAUUCGAGCGGAAUUCAUAAAUUGCUUGCCGUAUGCCUCUCCGUCCAUUGCAAGAUUGCAUUUACCUACUUGAAAGAUGGCGUACAGUAAAACCUUCAUUUGCUCGUUGAUAGCAAUCAAUGUGUGCAGUGUUUUGUCUCAGACCGAUCCUGCCUGCACCACACCUACUCGCAAAGCGGGAUUUUGUGUGGAAAUCGAACGUUGCCGUAACAUCCAUUACAUUCUUCGGUCACCUACACCACCUAUUAAGGGCAUUCAGAGCUACAUAGAUCGUGCUGCCUGCACUCUACCCGGUGUAGGGCGAAGCAUAUGCUGCCAACCAACGGAAAUCGUUCAUCGACGACCAUUACUGCCCGAGGACUGUGGUGAUAGCAUCUUCCAAAAGUUAUCGCAAGGCAAUGAAACUGACCCAUUCGACUAUCCGUGGAUGGUGGCGCUUCGGUACUCGAAAAAUGGUUUACUAAAAGAUUGCUGCGGAGGAUCGUUGAUCAACAGUCGCUACGUAUUGACGGCGGCGCAUUGUGUGCAACCUCGGGACGGUUGGAUGCUAUCGAAAGUACGGCUUGGGGAACAGGAUAGAAGCAAACCGAUUGAUUGCAUUGUUUAUAGCAAUGGAGAAAAAUCUUGUGCCGAUCCACCAAUCGAUGUAGAAAUAGAAUCAACGGUCGUGUAUCCUCAGUACAAUUCGGUAGCUCUUUUGCAUGACAUAGCCUUAAUUCGAAUGGCACACGAAGUCUCAUUCAGCGAUUCUAUUCAACCGAUUUGUCUGCCAGUGCGCCAGGAUGUUCGAAAUUUACUUCUACCAAGAUACAUUGUGACCGGUUGGGGUAUGACUGCGAACAAAUCGUCCUCCAAUGUUUUACUGCAGGCAGUAGUGGAACCGGUACCGAUACCGGAAUGCCAACGAACAAUAGCCGAACAUGGAUUCUUUGUGGACCUUUCGGAGGACUAUCACAUGUGUGCUGGUGGAAAAGACCGGGUUGACGCUUGUAGAGGCGAUUCAGGUGGACCAUUGGCUUUCUACGUUCGAAACGUAGGCGCACGAUUCGUCCAGUAUGGAAUUGUAUCGGCCGGUAUUAAUGCUUGUGGGAAAGCAAGUGUCCCAGGAAUUUACACUCGUGUGUCGAGCUACAUGGAUUGGAUAAUGGCUAGCAUACGUCCGUAAACAGAAUCCUCCGGAAUAUGUAAUGCCACGAUAAUCUAAAAGAUACACGUUCAAACUCAUUCUAAUUGCCCUAUUUGUUUAGACAGUAUUUUGUUGAAUCACCAAGUCAAAUUAUGUUUAAAAAAUUAUAGUUUUUUGUUUAAAAAUGCGUCGUUGUAUCAUUACCAUCUUUACCCUGUCUAGAAUACAUGCGAAAUAAUUGGAAAGAUACAGACGUUUUGAAUAAUGACGAGUGUAUAGCUUCUCAACGAUUGUGGCUGGGCAGAAAUUCCCAAACAAUAACAAAUGUAUUCCGAUUGUUUCGUAAUCAAGAACUAUCAAAACGAGUAGUUUCUUUUUCCUCGAACUAAUGCCACUUGAGAGGUUUGAAAUAUCGUUAUUCAAUUUUAGAUUAUUUUAGGUAACACAACUUUACAACUGAAAACUAAUAACAGUUUAAAAAAGCGCAAGAAAAGUGUUAAUAUUAUUGGUAUCUUAAAUAAGACUAAUGUUACAGCUGCUUUCUAUUAUCAAAUGAAAAUGAAAUAAAAUCAAAAAAGGAUAUAAAUUCGUCUGGUCCUUACCAGAUAAUAUCAAUCCUUGU